ACUUCAUUCAUGCAUUGUAGUUGCGGAGAAGAUGAGAGUGAAUAUUCAGUGUAAUUCUAUUGACCACCAGUGAUGCAGCGCAGCUUUGGUUAUCGACAAGAGUAAGAAACUUGGAGAGGAAAUGCAGGGAAUUUAGAGUGUGGUUCGACUUCCCAUUGCUUUCUUUAUUCCUCCCAUAUCAUACCGCAAUGGAUUAUAAAAAAGUGAAAGGGUUUGGGGCGCUUUGUAUUGCCUUUUUAUCGGCGUUCGUGGGUUCCGUUCUUGUGAUGGGUCCGAUGAUGCCGCUGAUGAUUCUUGCCCCUCAGGUUUACCGGAGAGCAACGGACCUCGUCAUUGGGAUGUGGCUAGCAUUGCCUGUCUCUUUGCUGGAGACAUUUUUUGGGACACAAUUUAAAGCGAUUGGUGACAAGCUAAAGCCAAAUGAACGAAGUGUGAUCAUCAUGAACCAUCGAACCAGACUAGAUUGGCUCUUCUUCAUUGCUUGUUUGCUGAGACACACCCGAGCAUCCAAUCUUAAAAUCGUCCUCAAAUCUCAGCUCAGGUCAGCUCCUUGUAUUGGAUGGGCCAUGCAGCAGGCAUGCUUUGUCUUUUUAGCUCGUCAGUGGGCCAAGGACUGUGUUUGGUUGACCUGUGUUCUCAAGUACUUCUCAGAGAUGCGCUAUGACUUUCAGCUUCUCCUCUUUCCAGAAGGUAUUAACUUUUGUAGGACAGGAAAGGAGAUCAGCAAUGCAUAUGCCCAGAAACAUGACCUGCCAAUUUAUAAACAUGUUCUCCACCCCCACACCACUGGAUUUGCUUUCACUGUGGACUAUCUUAGGCAGACCAAGAUGAUAGAUACUGUGUAUGAUGUGACGGUGGGUUACUGUGAUGUUGUUCCUGAGAAGGGCGAGAUGGACAUCUUCAGAGGCAACAUCCCUCAAGAGGUACAGUUCUUGAUCCAUAAGUACCCCAUCAGUGCUCUCCCACAGAACAAGGAAGACUUGGAUAACUGGUGUGUGGAGAAGUGGAAGGAGAAGGAGCAUUGUUUGGAGAAGUUCUACACCGGCACCAAGACCUUCGAGGGCCAGGAAGAUGGGAAACUGGAGAAUCUUUCUGGCCAGGCUGUCUACAAAGUCAUCUUUAUACUUGCAUUCUGGAUAUCCGGUGUACUCAUCUCUGCUUGGCUCAUGCUCACAUCCCCCUUCGUGCUGUGGGGCUCUGUAGUGGUAAUGGCAGCAUAUGUAAUUAUUGGAAAGUACUUUGGUGGAGUCGAUUAUAUUUCCAUUGCAAGCUUUAACUUCACGCAAGAUCUGACACAUAAAGCAAGGACCACUUGAUAUCAAAGUCAUUCUACAGUAAAUGCCAAUAUGUUUAUCAUCGCUCUGCAUCAUACAACUUUGGGUAGUUGUCAGAAACAGUACUUUUUCAGGAGAGGGUGGGUAGUAAAUAAUAUAAUACAACAUGAUCAUUCAUCAAUUUAAAAACUAUACAUUUUAGAACAAUUUGGGGACAAAUUUGAGAUGGAGCCGGACCAAAUGGCAACAAAUAUUUGCUCUUUAUGAACAACUUUUUGAGAUAAAAACAAUAAUAUUCUGCUUCUAUAUAGCGCUUAAUACAUCAACAAUGUCUCUAAGUGCUUUAGAGGUAUAUCAUU